GUGAGGAAAAGGCCGGUCCUUGGCGUGCAAGGAAGAAGCAGGACAUCGCCGGCCGAACACGAGCGGAGUGGGGCGGUCUCUGGCGAUUCGCGACCUCACCGAGGUUCGGACGGCGCUGACGUGUCGGUGGAGAAUCGGCGCAGCGAUGGCCGCUGGCGGCUGCAUGGCGGCGGCACGUGGCGCGGCGUUCACUGCCACGUCUCCUUUGGCGGGAUAUCUCGCAGCCACAGCGGGUGACCGCUGCUGCGGCGAGCCUCUUCUCCCUCUUCGCCUCCGUUGUGUUUCUUCUUCUUCUUCUUCUUCUUCCCCUUCUUCUUCGCCGAUGACAGGAAUUCCGCAUGCAUGCGGCUGCGCGACGCGAUCGCGUGUCCCUAAUGCCGUCUUUGCUGUAUUGGGCGCCGAUCGCCAGAAGCACGCCGGGAACGUGAGGUCCGGAUUACGCCACCUGGAAGAUACCUUGAGGACAUUGCGCGCGCACACAGCAUCGCGUAGAGGACUGCAUGAGCCAUGCAGGCUCCUGCAGAGAUAUGGUGUCGAGGAGGGCGCCGAACGUCGAAGACGCAUAAGAGGUACAACGAUUUCUGCAUCGUCAUCCGACCGACCAGAUACAGAUGAAGCAAAAGCCCAAGCGCCAAAUCCGGCACCUGUCAAAACCAACCUGGGAACAUCAUCGGCUGCUCAACUUCUGGGCAUGAAGGGCGCAAAGGCAGGGGAAACGGUAAGAAAGCUUCCCUAUCGUAAAGGUGUGAGGGUGAAUGCCUUAUGGCGAUACAUCAUUGGAUCGCACAAGUGACGUAAUCAUAUGGUAUAUAAUACAUAUAUAUGUUUUGCUGGCUUCUGAUGGGGUGUGAACCGACAGUCUGUAGAGUUUUCCAUCU